AUGAAGAAGGAGCUCGAUGAAACACGCGAAAUGCUAGUCAAGUUUUUCGAAUCCCUUUCCACCAGGGACAGGAAAGAAAAUAACGACAAACCCGCGGCAGACGAUCACUCAGAAGUCGGAUCUCAAAAGAAGGCCGCCCCCAGCAGACUCAAAUGCAUACCACACAAUCCCAAGACCCAGCCCGUUAGCGCCGACGUGCUCAAAUUCCCCAUGGACCCCUCCCCCCCUCACGUCCCGUUCACGUCCAAGAUGAUCAUGCGCCACGAUCGGAGCACGCCGACGAAAGGCACCGUCACCCAGCAGCUCCGCGACGACAGCCGGAAGCACCGCGGAGUCUCCUUCGCCGUGUCCUACAGCCCCAGCGGCAGCGACAAGACCGCCGACGGCGACGCCUGCAUCGUCCUCCACAACGGCACCAGGCCGACCGACCCGGCGCUCGCCAUGGUCCCCGCCGAGACCUAUCUCUGGAAGGGCUGCACCGAGAUCGCCUCGAACCUCUACAUCCCGAACCGCCCCACCGACGCGGACCCGGAGGGCGUCGCCAGGCAGGACGAGUUCUGGCACCGGCCCCCCAAGCUCUUCAUGGACUCCUCAAAGAAGGAGAGAUGGGGCCACUGGUUCGCCGACUGCCCCGGGCACCAGAGACGGCAGUGGUUCACGUGGCUGGGCACGAAGGUGGACGGCAGCGGCGACCUCUACGGCGACGACUUCACGUACCAGCUCGCGCUGAUCCGGGGCGAGGAAUGCUACCCGCGGGACCCGAAGGUCCUGGAUGGGGCGGUCGCCUACGCCAGGUUCAACGGCAUGCUGGCGCGGACGCGGCGGUUCCAGAUCGAGUUUCUGGACGACAGUCAGGUCGAGCUGGGACAUCAGUGGGCUGCCACGGCCAUCAUCACCGCGUUGAGGCUUUGGUCUUUGGUGACGACGCCCGGCGGUAGACUGAUGCGAAACCGAGACUCUGAUUUUUAG